GCAACGUAGGUACUUUACAAUAGUUUUAGUUGUACUUGUGUUGCGCCUGGAAUCACUCUGGAUAUAGUCGUUUUUUUGCGCGAAAACAAACAGGUUUGAAAGAUUCGCGUUCGCCAACCGUGAUGGGCAAAGGGAGCGCGGCAAGAUCGCAGCAAGACCACAUUGUUGCGCUAGUCAAGUAUGAACAUAGCCACGGAUGGCGCAUGCUCGACCUGCAACGGUCCGCCUCGCCUUGCUUCGCGCGAUCGCAACUUGUUGAUUGUUCACUCACUUCACGCUAGUCUGCCGCGAACGAUGCGCGAGGCGGUCGUGUCUUCCGUUGCAUCGUUGUUCACUCCGUACUUCGAAGUUAUUUUACGAAAAUAUGUGAAGUUUUCAAACCUUAAAUUAGGAAGAACUACCGCGACGAUCGCGGUCUAUAGUUUUUAGUUAACUUAGAACACCUUAAAUAAGUAGUUUUAAGUUAUAGAAACUUAAUAGGCUUACUCACUUUACCUGUAUGCUUCGUCCCACGACUCGUGCGAAGCGGUUACCUUUAUCGGAUAAACGGACAUUUUUCAAAUGGAUGUGCGUUUGAAUUUUGUGAUAGUGAGCUUGUUUAGUGUAAUCCCAAAACUUUUUGAGUGCACCCUAGAGGCUUGUGACAAGUUGUUACUUUUGUGACGUGUUAAAAGUUGCUAUGAAGUUAAUGAAGAAAAUGUUGCCGCGCGGGGUAGAGAGGGGCUUCCUCGCCGCGCUGUUGCUCGGCUCGCUUGCGGUGGCGUCGUCCCAGUACACUAAAGUGAGAGAAUAUCCGUCGCACCACGUGACCAGAUUACGUCACUCGAGGCACCUCGAUGGGUACCUGCCAAUACACACUUCAGCCUUCGUACCCGGCAUGUCACCGAAGCUGGCAGUCAAGGACAACCACAAGCCACUGUUCACCGAAUGUUUGAACUACAAACCUACGGUGAAAGAGGAACAACCUGUUGGCACGUAUGUGUUCACGGUGCAUGCAGAAGACAGAGAUCCGCCCGAUAUGGGUGGUAAAGUCACGUAUAAAUUCGUCUCCACUCCUGGCGAAAAAGAGAGGUUUCAUGUAGACCCUGAAACGGGAGAAAUUACAACAGCCGAUGUUUUCGACCACGACGAGCCGUCGCGCGAAAAAGAAGCAUACAUAACGGUACGAGCAAGUGACAACGGCCAACCUCAGCUAGACGACGCCUGCACCAUCAAGAUUCUUAUCGAAGACAUCAAUGACAACCAGCCAGUCUUCGAUAAAGUUUCGUAUUCGGAGUCUGUACCUCAAGACUUGCCGAGCGGACGCGAAGUGAUGAGGAUAUCAGCUACUGACAUCGACGAUGGCAAUAAUUCCAUCGUCCACUACAGCCUCGACUCUAAUUCUCCGGACCAAGCUUACUUCUACAUAGAUCCAGACAACGGAGUUAUCUUUUUAAAUAAAACUAUUGAUAAAGUUCCCGGGUACAAAUUUAAGUUGAGUGCCAUAGUGAAAGAUAUGGGCGAUCCGCCUCAGCAAAGUUCGAUUACUUUAGACAUUCAAGUCAUAGAGUCUAACAAGAAAAGCCCGUCCUUCAUAGAAGUUCCCGAUGAACCGAUAAGAUUAAAAGAAAAUUACGCUGACUUCAACACACCUAUAGCUACAAUCAGAGCUGUAUCAAAUAUACCUGAAGAGAAGAAACUACAAUUCGAAUUAGUUAUGGGUCAAACAGAACAAACGAAUAAAUGGCACACAUUUGUAUUAGAGCCCGAAGCUGAUUCCGCCUACAUAAAGCUUGGUAAUCAUUUGGAUUACGAGAAAAUCACCGAUUAUACAUUAACUGUCAGAAUACAAAAUAAUUAUAAAUUAGCUGCAGAAACUAUUAUCCAAAUAGAAGUUGAAGACGUUAACGAUAAUAUUCCAAUAUUCAGCGAAAUCAGAUCUGGCAGUGUCCUAGAAAACGAACCGCCGGGCACUCCCGUUAUGCAAGUUCGAGCAUUUGACGCUGACGGUACUUCAGCAAACAAUCAAGUGACUUACGAGCUCGGAGACCCGUCCGAUCCUUUCGCUAUCGACAGCAUUACUGGCAACAUAACAACACUAAAGAUGUUCGAUAGAGAAGAAAGGAGUUUCUAUAACAUUAAAAUUAUUGCAACCGAUAAUUCAGAAUCGGCACUCAUACCCGGAAAACAUAACGCCGGCCAACAAGUGUUUCUUAUCGAAAUAGCCGAUAAAAACGACAAUAGACCACAUUUCACACAAGAAACUUACGUCGCUGAAUCAAUUGCGGAAAAUGCAAAUAUAAAUGAACUGGUCACUCAAGUUACAGCAGUCGAUAUCGACACAGCGUCUGUGGUAUCGUAUAGCAUUGUAGCUGGCAACACUUACGAUGCUUUCGUUAUUCGUAACUUCACCGGCGAGAUUCGAGUCAACAACGAACUGGAUUAUGAGAAUAUAACUAGCUAUAGCCUUGAUGUGAAAGCUUUCGAUGGACUGUUUGAGGAUUAUGCUAAAGUCAUAAUCAAUAUUGAGAAUCUCAACGACAAUCCGCCCGUCUUCUUGGCCAAUUACACGAAAACCAUCGAAGAAGAAAAACUGUACGAAGGAUGUAUUGUUAAGGUCGAAGCCUAUGAUCCCGAUAUCAAAGACCGUAACGCACCACAGAACAUAGUCUACUCUCUAGUCAAGCACGAACAGAAAGAGUUCCUGCAAAUAGACAACGAUGGAUGUCUUCGUCUCACCAAACCUCUGGACAGAGACCAACCUUCAGGGUUCACGAGGUGGCAGAUACUCAUCAUGGCGGCUGACCAGGGCGGCAGGCUGGGUUCUGACAGUUUACGGUCUACCACUGAAGUUAUAUUGGAGCUGACGGAUAUCAACGACAAUGCCCCAUUCCUUACCAACACGCAACCAGUGAUAUGGUACGAGAACGAACUGCCUGGCCAAGUGGUGAUACUGACUGCCAAAGACUACGACUCAGCAGAGAACGGGCCACCAUUCACCUUCGCGCUUAAUGAUUCCGCCAGCUUCGAUAUACGAUCCAAGUUCCAUAUUCAAGGCAAUAUACUAUCAACUCUAGUAUCAUUCGACCGAGAACAACGCAAGGAGUACAGGAUACCGGUGGCCAUUACUGACUCAGGCACGCCGAGACUGACCGGUGUGUCUAUAUUGCACGUUGUCAUCGGAGAUAGGAACGACAAUCCCAUGGGUCCGGGGCACAGCGAUAUAUUCGUUUACAACUAUAAGGGCGAAGCACCAGAUACGGAGAUCGGUCGUGUAUUCGUCGACGACCCGGAUGACUGGGACUUACCGGAUAAGAGGUUCAUGUGGCUACCGUCAUACGAGAAGAGAAGUCCAUACUUCGAUGUGCACAGUAACACAGGCAUGAUUACUAUGAAAGAAGGAACGCCUAAUGGAACUUAUCUAUUGAGAUUUAAUGUGACCGAAGAAAAUGAACCUCUUGUGCCGUUCCACUGGGUGGAGGCAACAGUAAAUGUCACCAUCAAAGAGAUCCCGGAGGAGGCGGUAGACAAGUCCGGCUCAAUCCGCUUCGUCAACAUCACCGCUGAAGAAUUCAUCGUACCGGAAGCUGACGGUACGAGUAAAAAAGACAAACUACAUCGCCGUCUCGCACAGCUAUACAACACGUCACUAGACAAUGUGGACGUGUUCACGGUGUUCAGUAAGCCAACUGUUAAGGACGUGUUCUUGGAUGUCCGAUUCUCAGCACACGGCUCUCCGUACUAUCCCGCAGAGAAACUGGAUAGUAUGGUAAUUGGGAUACAGGAAAAGCUCGAAGAAGAAUUAGAAGCAAAGAUAUAUAUGGUGAAGAUCGACGAGUGUCUGAUAGAGAAGGAGCAGUGCGAGGACUCGUGCAGGAAUGUGCUGAUGAAGAACAACGUGCCUCUUUCCGUGUACACCAACACGACUAGCUUUGUCGGUGUAUCUGCAAGGGUUGAGUCUGAGUGUACCUGCGAUGUUGAGGAACCACUCGUGUGUUUGAAUGGAGGAACCCCGUUCGCGGACAAGUGCGAAUGUCCAGAAGGUCUAUCUGGGCCGCACUGCGAACAGACGUCGAUCGGUUUCCAUGGGGACGGCUGGGCCAUGUAUCCUUCCCCGCCAGCCUGCCACGAGGGCCACGUCACCCUCACUGUGACGUCACACGCCAGCAACAGCCUCGUCUUCUACCUAGGACCUUUGAAAUACAACCCGCUGUUAGAUGUACAAGAUUUCAUGUCACUAGAAUUAGUAGAGGGAUUCCUAGUUCUUCUAGUUAACUACGGCUCCGGUACUACGAGGUUGAACAAUAGCGUAGUCCACGUAGCGGACGGCAAACCUCAUCUAAUAGAGAUAGUCCUCAUGAGAAGUUCCAUAGAGAUGUUUGUAGAUAGAUGCAAGCUGUCCACAUGCAUGAGCCUCGCCGCACCUACAGGACCUAGGGAAAUACUAAAUGUAAAUGGUCCCCUACAACUGGGCGGCGCCAGCAUCGAUCUGCAACACCUGGCGCAGACCUUCGGCUGGCAACAUGUACCUACCAACCAACACUUCGUAGGCUGCAUCAGUAAUUUCACUUAUAAUGAUUUUAUGUACAACUUGGGCGAGCCUUCGGUACAUCGCAAUGCAGACCCGAGCUGUCAAAGGAGUAUGUUCACCGCUGUCACAUUCGGCAUUGACACCAACUUCCUCGUCGCUAUAUUGGUUUGCAUAGCCAUAUUAGUCAUACUUCUCCUAGCAGUGGUAGUACAUCGCCGUCGUGCGGACGCGUGGGCGGAGAAAGAGCUGGAUGACAUCAGAGAGAACAUCAUCGCGUACGAGGACGAGGGCGGCGGUGAAGGAGACGCGGGAUACGACCUGCACGUACUCAGACAGAUGUACGACGGACCGCCCAUAGACAGUGAUAGAUCUGCCACUUUCAUGCAAGCACCAGUGGUAGGCGCGGCUCCGGACAUCUCCGGCUUCCUGGACGACAAGAAGUCAGUGCUGGAUCGCGACCCCGACGUCAAUCCUUACGACGAUGUGCGUCACUACGCGUACGAAGGAGAUGGUAACACCAGCGGCUCUCUCUCCUCACUCGCCAGCUGUACCGACGACGGCGACCUCAAGUUCAACUAUCUGUCAACAUUUGGUCCGCGGUUCCGGAAGCUGGCGGACAUGUACGGAGAUUCUGAGGAGGAGCGGCCGCACGAGGAGUCGUGGUGCUAGCGGCACGCCUGGCUCGUGUAGCCAGACGAAACUGCACCUUACGUCACCUCGGUAUAGGGUCUGUUUUGCACUAACUCGCUCCGGGAUAGACCAAACUUAUGCCUUACCGCUUCCUUCAUUUUAACUCUAUGUGGACGCUGGAAAGUGAAUCACUGGACCCACCGCUCUGGAAUUCUCUGGAGAAAGCCUGUGAUAGUUUUGCGCGAUCUAGGAUUUUUUUUUAUCU